CGGUUACAUCCCGGUGACUACUCAAAGCUCCUGCCCGUUCCCAGCUGGAGACGUGCGGGCGUAGGACCCUAUACACGUCUGUGUUUCGGAACGCUCUCAAAGAAACAACGGGAAAGACGGAGAAAAGAAGAAGAAGCGGGCUUCAUAUUUCAGAAACCCUAGCUCCUUUCUGCAAGGAACCCUUCUGCUUCUCUUGAAAUCGCUGAAUUCUCGUUCUCCAAACCCACGAACAUCUCUCUCUGCACCGUCCAUCUGGUGGGCCGUACCCUCAAUCUGUCACAGUUCAAGAAAGCACUGAGAUUGAUAAGAUCAGCCGACGGAUGUGAUUUUGCAUCUCUCUCUCUUUCUAUCCAUCCAUGGCCAUUAGAUCCACUGGCAGAAGCCUCUCCUUCAAUCUCCUCACCAGUGACAGUUCUGGCGAUGCUGCAACCUUCAUCCAUGGUACGAUCUCUGAUUUGGCCCAUGACGAUGUCGCAUCACAGGAUCCUCCACUUCUAUCCAUUCACAAACGCCGACGCCGGCGGAACAAAGGAUCGAAGAAGACGUCCAGCUCGCUUCCAUCUCCUGUAGAUCGUAAUGGCCCUCACGUGGAUGGAUUUGAAUCUCAUUGCAAUGGACGGAGCAUCUGCGAUCCUCUGAUUUCAGGAACUGGAACGGCCGUCAAGACAGUGGUUGCAGCUGUUGGGCCGAAUGAUGAUUGCCAGUACUUGCAUGCAGAGCGUCGGAUUUCUGGGGUUGAAUUGAGGCAGAGGGCUGUGAAUGGGACUAUUUCUGAAGAAUCCGUGAAGGAGGAGAGUGGUGUGGGGCCGGGUUCGACAGGCCUGCAGCAGAGGCCUGAACCAAAUGGGAAUGUUGGGAAAUUGGAAACUGCGGAGUUGUUGGACUGGAAUCGAGUGAUGGCGGAGAAUUCAAAUGAUCUGUCAUCAGUGGAGAAGCUGCCAUUGAAAUAUUUUAUUGGAGAAAUUUAUGGAGGAAAUUCCCUGCGGAGCACAACAUCUGUUGGGAAUGAGAAAAAACGACAAAGAGUUUAUAAUACUAUGUUCCAUGUGCCAUGGAGGUGUGAACUGCUUAUUGAUGUUGGAUUUUUUGUCUGUUUGGAUUCGUUUCUGUCGUUGCUAACUAUCAUGCCAGCAAGGAUUGUGAUGACCCUUUGGAGAUUUCUGAACAUCAGGCAGUUCCAGAGGCCACGUGCAGCAGAAUUAUCUGAUUUUGGCUGUUUCGUCAUAUUGGCUUGUGGAGUGACCCUUUUACAGGCAACAGAUAUCAGCCUGAUAUAUCACAUUAUUCGUGGACAAGGAACGGUCAAACUCUAUGUAGUGUAUAAUGUCUUAGAGAUAUUUGAUAAGCUCUGUCAAUCUUUUGGUGGAGAUGUUUUGCAAGUUCUGUUCAAUUCUGCAGAGGGAGUUGCAAGUUGUCCGCCAGAAAAUAUGGCAUUUGAGCUGAUGAGAUUUAUACUUGAUCAAACAAUUGCUGUCAUUUCAUUUAUUUUGCAUUCAUUCAUCUUGUUAGCUCAGGGGGUUACUCUAUCUACAUGCAUUGUUUCACAUAACAAUGCUCUUCUGGCUAUGCUGGUGUCAAAUAAUUUUUCCGAGAUCAAAAGCAAUGUUUUUAAACGUGUCAGCAAGGAAAACCUUCAGAGUUUGGUUUACUCUGACACGGUGGAGAGGUUCCACAUCACAGCGUUCGUCUUAUUUGUGCUAGCCCAAAAUAUUUUGGAGUCUGAAGGGCCCUGGUUUGGGAAUUUCCUUUUUAAUGCCCUCCUGGUUUACAUGUGUGAAAUGUUUGUUGACGUAGUCAAGCAUUCAUUCCUUGCAAAAUUCAAUGAAAUAAAGCCUGUGGUAUAUUCCGAGUUUCUGGAAGCCCUCUGCAAACAGACUCUGGGCACUCAGUCAGAGGAAAGCCAGUCAAACUUAACUUUCAUUCCUCUAGCACCGGCAUGUGUGGUAAUCCGAGUGCUAAGUCCAAUAUACGCGGCUCACAUUCCUUACGGCCCGCUUCCUUGGAGACUUUUCUGGAUCUUUAUCUUGUCAGGCAUGACCUACAUCAUGCUUGUAACACUCAAGAUAAUGGUGGGUUUGGGCCUACGCCUCCAUGCCCGGUGGUACGUCGAUAGGUGCUUAAAGAGAAGACACCACUUACACAUGGACUAGAGCAGCAGCUUCUUUGGUGGGCCACAUGCUAGAUGUCAUUGCAGGUCCUGGGUCAUCGCUUGGGCCAGUUUUGUAUAACCUACAGUAGAUCAAUGGAGCAUUUGUAUAUGAGAGACUCUUGAGAAGGCAUCCUUUGCCUGUGCGCUUCGACCUGACCUGUCGGUAGGGAUUUACAAUUUUACUUUCCAUUUAAAAGAAGGUAUGCGGCAUGUGGUAAUUGUAUACAUUGAGUUCAUACGUGAACAUGCUCAGCGGUGUUUAGUAAUGCAUUUUUCUUCUUGACUGAUAAUAACAGCAGACGGAUUAGGGUUUCUUUGCCUUAUAACAGUUGUUUUUUUAAGGUUUGUUUGCCUUAUAACAGAUUAUUUAUUUAGUCAAGUCAGGUAUGAAAUGCAAGUCAAAGACAUUUCGGUGA